UCGGCGGGCGCCGCGAGGGAGCCGCGCCCGCUCAGAGUCCCCGGAGUCAUGGCGGCCCGGUGGGACGGCGUCCACUCGUCUCCGGUCCUGUGCCUCGACGCCGGGCCGGAGGGGCUGGUGGCCUCGGGGGCCGAGGGCGGGCACCUGGCGGUGUGGGGCGGCGAGGGGGUCCCGCUGGGGCAGGUCCGCUUCCGGGACGCCGGGGACGUGUCCUGCGUCGUCUUCUCGCCCUCCCGCCCCGCCACGCUCUUCGCCUCUCACGGCCGGGCCGUCAGCGAGCUGGACGCCCGGGCCCUGGGGGACCCCGUCCGCCACUUCCGGGCCAACGCGGAGGAGAUCAACUGCCUCUCGCUCAACGGGACGGAGGGCCUCCUGGCCUCGGCCGACGACUCCGGGGCCGUGGAGGUCGUGGACCUGGGCGACCCCCGGGCGUCCCGCCGCUCCCUGAGGGGCCACGCCAACAUCUGCUCCGCCGUGGCCUUCCGCCCGCGGAGGCCCCGGAGCCUGCUCUCCUGCGGGCUGGACGCGCAGGUCUGUCGUAGACUAGGUAGCCCGUGGAAGAAAGAUCACCUCGACAGACGGGUCUCACGGAGUCGAGAGCGAGGCCGCGGACGCGUCUGUCCCCGAAGGCCCCGCUGUCCGGCCGCCGUCGUUCCGGUGAUGCUGUGGAGCGUCCGGAAGAGCCGCCCCCUCUGGACCGCCAGUUUACAGGAGGGCAAGGAGGGGAGCGAAGAGCCGUCCGCCGGCCGGCUGUUCAACCCUCCCCUGGCCCACUCGCUGAGCGUGGCGUCGUGCGGCGACCUCUUCGGCUGCGGGGCGGAAGACGGCACCGUCCGGCUCUUCCGGGUGACGGGCGUCGAGGCCGAAGGGCGGCUGGCGUUCCGGGCCCACGGCCUGGGCGUGUCCCAGGUCCGCUUCCUGCCCGGGACGCACCUGCUGCUGUCGGGAGGGAACGACGGGAAGGUGCGUCUGUGGGACGUCGGCCGAGCCGCGGUCGGAGCCGAGGGCCCCGGGGAGCCCGCGCGCCGGAGGGGAUCCGGGGCGGCGGCCCGUCCCCAGCGACACGGCGGGGGCGGCCGGCCCGGGACGGGGGGCGCCGCGGAGGGCCCCGUCCCCCGGCUGACCGUCGACCACGGGGAGAAGGUCAACUGGAUCGCGUACGCGGAGAUCGGGGGGAGCGGGAGGGUCCUGGUUGCCGAUCAGAGCCCGGUCAUAUCUGUGUAUCCUCUCCGUGAACUCUAGACCCAAUAAAGGAAGACGAGCCACCGGCGGAA